AUGGAGGGGGAAUCUUACCACAAUGAAAGCACAGUCAACGACACCCCAGUAGAUCACCAGGCUUUGGAACGCCAUGGGCUGUGGGAAGUCAUCACUAUUGCAGCUGUGACAGCUGUGGCCAGCCUGAUGACCAUCGUGGGCAAUGUCUUGGUCAUGAUCUCCUUCAAAGUCAACAGUCAGCUCAAGACAGUUAACAACUAUUACCUGCUCAGCUUGGCCUGUGCAGACCUCAUCAUUGGAAUCUUCUCCAUGAACCUCUACACGACCUACAUCCUCAUGGGACGCUGGGUUCUCGGGAGUCUGGCUUGUGACCUUUGGCUUGCGUUAGACUAUGUCGCCAGCAACGCUUCGGUCAUGAACCUUCUGGUGAUUAGCUUUGACCGUUACUUUUCCAUCACAAGACCACUGACAUACCGGGCCAAGCGUACCCCAAAGAGGGCUGGCAUCAUGAUUGGCUUGGCCUGGCUGAUCUCCUUCAUCCUCUGGGCACCAGCAAUUCUUUGCUGGCAGUACUUGGUUGGGAAGCGGACAGUACCACCUGAUGAGUGCCAGAUCCAAUUCCUCUCCGAGCCCACCAUUACUUUCGGCACGGCCAUCGCCGCCUUCUACAUCCCUGUCUCUGUCAUGACCAUACUCUACUGCCGGAUCUACCGGGAAACAGAGAAGCGAACCAAGGACCUGGCUGACCUCCAGGGUUCUGAUUCUGUGGCAGAAGCCAAGAAGAGAAAGCCGGAUCACAGGACCCUGCUCAGAUCUUUCUUUGGCUGCCCGAGACCCAGCCUGGCCCAGAGGGAAAGGAAUCAGGCCUGCUGGUCAUCUUCCCGCAGAAGAACCUCAACAACAGGAAAGCCAGAUCAGGCCACUGGCCUAAGUGUUGACUGGGACAAGACUGAACAAGUCACUACCUGUAGCAGCUACCCCUCCUCAGAGGAUGAGGCCAAGCCCGCCACUGACCCUGUCUUUCAAGUGGUCUACAAGAAUCAGGCUAAGGAAAGCCCGAGGAAGGAAUUCAGCACUGAAGAGACAAAGGAAACUUUUGUGACCUCUCAGACUGCAAACAAUGACUAUGACACUCCCAAAUUCUUCUUGUCUCCGGCUGCUGCUCACAGACUCAAGAGUCAGAAGUGUGUUGCCUAUAAGUUCCAAUUGGUGGUAAAAGCUGACGGGACCCAGGAGACUAACAACGGCUGUCGCAAGGUGAAAAUCAUGCCCUGUACCUUCCCGGUAUCCAAGGACCCUUCAACAAGAGGCCUGGAUCCCAACCUCAGCCAUCAAAUGACCAAACGAAAGAGGAUGGUCCUAGUCAAAGAGAGAAAAGCAGCCCAGACCUUGAGUGCCAUUCUCCUGGCCUUCAUCAUCACGUGGACCCCUUAUAACAUCAUGGUCCUGGUUUCCACCUUCUGUGACAAGUGUGUCCCUGUCACCUUGUGGCACUUGGGUUACUGGCUGUGCUAUGUCAACAGCACCAUCAACCCCAUCUGCUACGCUCUCUGCAACAGAACCUUCAGGAAGACCUUUAAGAUGCUGCUCCUCUGCCGGUGGAAAAAGAAAAAGGCGGAAGAGAAAUUGUAUUGGCAAGGGAACAGCAAGCUACCCUGAAAAGUCAGUAACUUCCCUGGAAAGAAUAAUGGCCACAGUCCGGUUUGCUUGUUUUGAAGAACAUCAUCUGCCAUUCCGAGUCCCCAAAGACUUGUCCAGGCUCAAGGUCUGUUGUCAAAAUGAAGAGUCACACACAUGGCCACUGCUGCCAUGUGAAGUGAGUCUUGGCUAUUACCAAGGCCACCUAAUGCCACUAGCGUUUGCUGGUGAAGCAGAAAGACAGACUCAGGGUCCUUCUCUGGAAAUGCACUUGAGUCAUCUCGGACAAUGACUUUGGGAACUGAUCUGUGAAGAAUAGUCGGGACCAGACUGGAAAUCUUCCCCUGGGGCAUUCUGUCAUAGAGCAUUGUGCAAUAUGUAUGUGUCUAUAUGAAACUGUCGUAGACCAG